GGCGACGACGCGACCGCGAGCGCGAGUGCUCUCCACUCGUGGCGUCCACUCACUCACUCUGCUCAGCUCGCCACCUCCGCCGCGGAUGCAUAAGAAGCGGCAGCUCUGAGCUCAAGUGUCUCAGCUCAGCUUAGUUCAUCUACUCGCUUGAAGCCAUUCGGCGUCUGCUAUCUGCUGCUGCUUCUGACGCGAUGGUGUUUCGGGCCGUGCUGCUCGGGGCGAUCAGCCCCUUGCUGCUGCUGCUGGCGUGCGCCGCCGCGGCGCCGGCGGCGCCGGCGGGUGGCGGCGAACGGAGGUCGUACAUCGUCCACAUGGACGCGGAGAAGAUGCCGGCGCCGUUCGUGGAGCACGAGGGGUGGUACCUCUCGGUGCUGUCCUCGCUGGCGUCCGCAACGGCGGCGGCGGCGGAGAGCGCGCCGGUGCACCUGUACACGUACACCCGCGUCAUGCAAGGGUUCAGCGCCGUGCUCACCGCGCGGCAGCUGGAGGCGCUCAAGCGGGUGGAGGGCCACGUGGCCGCGUUCCCGGAGACGUACGGCCGCCUCCACACCACGCGCACGCCGGAGUUCCUCGGGCUGAGCGCCGGCGCCGGCGUCUGGCCGGCGUCCAGGUUCGGCGACGACGUGAUCGUCGGGAUCGUGGACACGGGCGUCUGGCCGGAGAGCGAGAGCUUCAGCGACGCGGGCAUCCAGAAGCCCGUGCCGGCGAGGUGGAAGGGCGCGUGCGAGGCCGGCCAGGCGUUCAAUCCCUCCAUGUGCAACCGGAAGCUCAUCGGAGCACGCUCCUUCAGCAAGGGCCUCAAGCAGAGCGGCCUCACCAUCUCGCCCGACGACUACGACUCGCCGCGGGACUACUACGGCCACGGCUCGCACACGUCGUCCACGGCCGCCGGCGCCGCCGUCAGGGGCGCCAGCUACUUCGGCUACGCCAACGGCACGGCCACCGGCAUCGCCCCGAUGGCCAGGGUGGCCAUGUACAAGGCCGUGUUCUCGGCCGACACGCUGGAGUCCGGGUCCACCGACGUGCUGGCCGCCAUGGACCGCGCCGUCGCCGACGGCGUCGACGUGAUGUCGCUGUCCCUGGGCUUCCCGGAGACGCCCUACGACACCAAUGUGAUAGCCAUCGGAGCCUUCGCCGCCAUGCAGAAGGGCGUCUUCGUGACGUGCUCGGCCGGGAACGACGGCUCCGACGGGUACACCAUCAUGAACGGCGCGCCGUGGAUCACCACCGUCGGCGCGUCGAGCAUCGACCGGGACUUCACCGCCGCCGUCACGCUCGGCAGCGGCGCGACCAUCCACGGCAAGUCGGUGUACCCCCAGAGCACGCCGGCCGUCGUCGGCGGGAGCCUGUACUACGGCCACGGCAACAGGAGCAAGCAAAGCUGCGAGUACUCCAGCCUCAGCCGCAAGGACGUGCGCGGGAAGUUCGUCCUCUGCACCGCCGCCGCCGGCGUGAGCAUCGGGCGGCAGAUGGACGCGGUGCAGAGCAACGGAGGCAGCGGCGCCAUCAUCGCCAGCGACAUGAAGGAGUUCCUCCAGCCGGACGAUUACACCAUGCCCGUGGUGCUGGUGACCUUGUCGGACGGCGCGGCCAUCGCCAAGUACGCGACGGCAGCGUCAGGCAGGAAUGCGCCCACGGCGAGGCUCCGGUUCGGCGGCACGGCGAUCGGCGUCAAGCCGGCGCCGACCGUGUCCUACUUCUCCGCCCGCGGGCCGGGCCAGAUCAGCCCGACGAUCCUGAAGCCAGACGUCGUCGCGCCGGGGGUGGACAUCCUCGCGGCGUGGGUGCCCAACAAGGAGAUCAUGGAGAUCGGCAAGCAGAAGCUCUUCACCAAGUACGCGCUCGUCUCCGGCACGUCCAUGGCGUCGCCGCACGUCGCCGGCGUGGUCGCCCUGCUGCGGUCGGCGCACCCGGACUGGAGCCCGGCGGCCAUCCGGUCGGCCAUGAUGACGACGGCCUACGUGAAGGACAACGCCAACAACGUCAUCGUCAGCAUGCCGAACGGGUCGCCGGGGACGCCGCUGGACUUUGGGAGCGGCCACGUCAGCCCCAACGACGCCAUGGACCCGGGCCUCGUGUAUGACGUGGCGGCCGACGACUACGUCAACUUCCUGUGCGGCCUCCGCUACAGCAGCCGUCAGAUCUCGACCAUCACCGGCCGGCGAAACCCCAGCUGCGCCGGAGCAAACCUCGACCUCAACUACCCGUCCUUCAUGAUCAUCCUCAACAGGACCAACUCGGCCACCCGGACGUUCAAGAGGGUACUGACCAACGUCGCCGCCUCGCCGGCGAAGUACAGCGUGUCGGUGACGGCGCCGGUGGGGAUGAAGGUGACGGUGUCGCCGACGGCGCUGUCCUUUGGCGGCAAAGGCAGCAAGCUGCCGUUCACCGUCACGGUGCAGGUCAGCCAGGUGAAAAGAAGCUCAGAUGACAGCAACUUCAUAGGAAACUAUGGGUUCCUGAGCUGGAAUGAAGUUGGAGGGAAGCAUGUUGUCAGGAGCCCUAUAGUCUCAGCAUUUGCCCAGUGAGGAAGACAUGCUAGCAUAACAGGAGCCAAAAUAAAAUCAUGACCGUAGAAAAGAUACUAUAUUUAUAAUUAAUCCUGAUUAAGAACAGGAAAAAAAUAUAGACUGAAGAAAGGGGGGAAAGCCUCACCAGAUACUAAAUUACCACAGCUGAUAAUCAAAUUAUAGAUUUCUCAAUUGUUUUCUUC